AUGACUGUCACCGAAAGCUUCGAGCAAAUAUCACCACUUUUUGAUGUCAGACAAACCACUUGGGGUGGACGAGCUUGUUUCAGUAAGCAGUCUUUAAAAAAAGGAUCUGUUAUACUGGAAGCUGAUGAUAAUACUGGCACAUCGAUAUCUUAUGAAUUUAGAAAGGAAGUCUGUCAUUUCUGCUAUUCCUAUCAUAACGGUGUUACCUUAAAGCAUAAGAUCACAUAUGCCCUUUUGAAACAACUGAUAAAAAAUAAUGACAAUAAACUAAUUAAUUGGAAAAAAUUCCAAGGAGCUGGAUUAUGGUUUUGCUCGGAAAUUUGUCGUGAUGAAUUUUUGUCACAGCCUCAUAUAAUUGAAUUGAUAGAAUGUUAUGAGUUACUGCUGAACCACUUCCAUAGUAUGCAGAAAAGAGUCAACCCUGACGAUUCAAGGGAAGAUGAACUAAAUCACGUUAAAAUAUCCAAAGACCUAAUACAGGAGAAAUGGGAUCAAAUCAUUAAUGACUGGAUACCGAGUAUCGAUAAGUUGAAACUUACUAAAAGAUCAAACAGGCUUCCAGUAAUAUCCGAAGAUGAAUAUUGUUGUGCACGUUUUGUUUGUGAAACUUUAUUCCGUCUAAAAUAUAUGGAUCAGAACUCAAUAAACUUUAAAUCUUUUUAUAGCUUACAAUCUAAUGAAGUAAGUAAGAUGGAAAGGUUCCCUAUUUUGUUGCAUUUUCAAAUACUAGUGUUUAAGACUUUGUAUAUUCUAUUACCUAGUUUCCUUAGAGAUAGGUUUAGUGUUACUUCCUUUAGACAUAUAUUAGGUUCGGAAUAUGGGAAUGCAUUUGGAAUCUGGGAAGUUGGUGAGUCCUCAGAUAGUAGAGAAUACUUCGGUUAUUGGAUAUUUCCAAGAGCAUCAUAUUUCAACCAUUCUUGCGAUCCUAAUUUAACAAAGACACGUAAAGGCAGAACAAUGUUUUUUACGUUAAAUAGAGACAUUGAUGUUGGUUCAGAAUUGGAUAUAGAUUAUUCUGGUGUCCUCAGCUUGCCCGUUAAAGAAAGAAGAAAGUUUCUUCAUGAUAGUUGGUUCUUUGAUUGUCAAUGUGAUCGAUGCAAGUUAGAAAUGCAACUUAUCCAUUAG